AAAGACAGUUCUACCCUCUCACCCAAUUCCCCCGUAAACGCCUAAGUUUGUCGUCGAGAAAAUUGCAAUGGCCGAGAAAAGCAAGAUUCUGAUCAUCGGAGGAACAGGGUACAUCGGAAAGUUCGUGGUCCAAGCCAGUGCAAAAUCCGGCCAUCCCACCUUCGCUCUCGUCAGAGAAAGCACAAUUGCCGAUCCUGUUAAGGGAAAACUCAUCCAGGAGUUCAAGAACUCCGGCGUCACCUUGCUCCACGGAGACUUGUACGACCACGAUAGCUUGGUGAAGGCGAUAAAGCAAGUGGAUGUGGUGAUAUCUACAGUAGGAUUCAUGCAGUUAGCUGAUCAGGUGAAGAUCAUUGCUGCCAUCAAGGAAGCCGGGAAUGUUAAGAGAUUCUUACCUUCAGAAUUUGGAAACGAUGUGGAUCGUGUUAAUGCGGUUGAACCAGCAAAAUCCGCGUUUGCAGCAAAGGUUCAAAUGCGCAGGGCCAUCGAGGCUGAAGGGAUUCCCUACACCUUUGUAGUGGCCAACUGCUUUGCAGGCUAUUUUCUCCCUACAUUGGUCCAGCCAGGCGUUUCUGCUCCUCCCAGAGACAAAGUCAUCAUAUUAGGGGACGGAAAUCCAAAGGCAUGCUUUAACAGGGAAGAUGAUAUUGGAACCUACACCAUCAAAGCUGUGGAUGACCCAAGGACAUUGAACAAGAUCCUCUACAUCAAACCUCCCAACAGCACACUCUCAUUUAAUGAGCUUGUUUCCUUAUGGGAGAGUAAGAUUGGCAAAACCCUUGAAAAGGUUUAUGUUCCAGAGGAGCAAGUUCUGAAGGACAUUCAAGAGGCCCCAAUGCCGAUUAAUGUUUUCUUAUCGAUCCAGCACUCUGUUUUUGUGAACGGAGACCAAACUAACUUUGAGAUAGAGCCCUCUUUCGGGGUGGAAGCUUCUGAGCUUUAUCCUGACGUCAAAUACUGCACUGUGGAUGAAUAUCUCAGUGCGUUUGUCUGAGAGAUUCAAACCCUUCUCUUAUUAUUGAAGUUAAGCAAUAAUCACGAAGUUAAUGGCAGAGGUGGGUUGAGGAGUCUUUCGGAUCAUUAAUUUGCCUCUCGUUUUCCUUCCACACAAUGAUAUGAUAUGAUAUGAUGCUGCUGCGGUUCCAUAUUAAUGGCCUCAGUGAAGGUCCAGAGAAACUAUGACUUGUAUCAGACUCUGUUAAUGUAAUCCUUUUCCCUUUCCUUAUACGUAUGGUAAAAUAAAUACAAAAGCUUCUAU